UUGUUCCUACGGGCACGGUAGUUAGGCUUUCGUAGCUUUUCUUUUGCAUUGUACCUUUUAAUUUCGUGUAUUGGUGUACUUAGAACUAAGCAGAAUAUUACGUUAACACAAUAACCAGAAAAAAACGGAAACAAAAAACAAACGAAUGGCACAACACACGUGCAUGUAUGUUGCUCGAUGGACACCGAACAGUACACUACCAAUCGGUGUACAAAAUCGUUCAAAGUGGAAAGUGGUUGCAACGGUUUCGCGUUUAUCUGUUACGGUUGUGACGAUUCUUAUCAACCUCGGUCGUACAGAGAGUUCAGGCUGCGUGCAUUCUUAUCGUAUUCGAGCCACCGAAAAAGCGAUCGAUGAACUUGAAGAACAGUUCGGUCCAAAGGUCUUUGGCGGUGUAGAUUUUCAAUGUUUAGUUUCCAAACCCCGAAACCAUUGGAGACGCCGAAAGAACGGGUCAUGGGAAACUAUGGGUGACACAUUACGAGAUAGUGCGUGUGGUGGCACUGUGCUGGGAUAUCUAUUAAUCCUACGACGUUAGGAUCGUGAGGAUCAGACUGUGCAAGCAACAAAGCCGGCUGCUGACCCGAUAGUCAAUAGCCGAUAACAUGCGGACAGGAAAUGCACCUUAUGUGUGCACCAAUGUGUAUGUGUGUUUGAUUUCUUUAUCGCAACCCGAGCGCGUACUCGACACGCCGCAUGUGGUUCGUAUUUUUUAUGAUGGUUGAUACUUGUGGCGUGGUGCAAAGUCCACAUGGCGAGAGGUAAACGCAUGUGGUUAAUAGUUCCAUUUGCUUCAGAAAAGAAGAUAAAGAGAGGUAGUAUUGAAAAGGGGAAUGGGACUGGUUCCGCCUUUCGCACGCCCCGGUGACCGAUAAGAAAUCGAACGAGGAAAGCGAAGAAAUAAAUAUGUUCGAGCUACAUUUCUCGUUCAAAAUUAGCUUACAAAUGGGUUUCUCAGGAGGCUCGUCGUACAAAAUAAACUUCCAGAGCUUUCAAAGUCCAACAUUUUAAAGCUUUUCACAAGCCUUUGUCACGAGGCACGUCACAGGGUUCCUGGUGCACCAUCAUAGGUUGUAAUUGGUUGCACGGUUGCAAUGGCAAAUUAUCACAAUCUCUGACCCUGGUUACCGUAAUCUUAACCGACUUUCUGGGAAUCCGAGGCAAAACAAAAAAACAGACCAGUAAGCUUUACUUUUAUGACACCUUCAAUCUGCAAUUGCAGUCCCAGAAAUCUGGCGAUACGUGAUGGUUGGUGCGGGGAGACGAUCACGAUAAGCUCUAGCGCAGUGGAGGUGGAGGGGGAGUUGGGAAUUCACUGGACCCCCGGUCCCCUUACAUAACGAUCGUGUCCCCGUGCUAAGGCUCGUGGCGGAGAUUUGCAAAUCCCACACAUCAAUAAACUUUUAAUGCGCCCUCUUCACCGUUAUCGGGUGGUCGAGUUGGAUUAUUGUCGGUGGAGAUGUGUGGUAAUCUUAUCGGUGGCUCACAGUCAAAGGUGGCAGAAAGUCCCGGGGAUAGUGCAUGUGUGAGAGUUUGGUGCAACCUGUUAAGCCAUCCAACCACCACCAGCGGAUUCCGUUUUGACGCAUCUAUGCCGUUAGGAGGAGAGGUUACUACGGGGUGUGGGUUGCAGUGCCUGUGCGAAUGCAUGGUUAGAAGCUGGGAGUAAAACAAAAACAAAAACUCAAACAUUGUCCGGUUCGUUCUCUCUCCCAUGGAGUUAUCUGGCUGACCGGCAGUUGAGCGGACUUUUAUCAUGAUGUGCGUAAACCUGUGCUCGGGAUUUACAACCAAGGUUAACCAAAACGCGCCUGUAGGAUACAACCCGGGGAAAGAAAGCCCGAUACGAGAAUGUUGUCGCUUUCGUCGUAGUUGUCGUCGUAUUCGUCGUAUUUUUCUCGGGGUCGGGUGUUGGUUGGCAAGAUAAGAUUGGUGUGAUAAGUGAGGUUUCCCCCGUGGCAUAUCCUAACCGGCGGCCGGCACACCACCACCAAGGGCGCGAUUCCUUUGCAGGCUUUUUCCUGGUAGUAGUUGUUGCUCCGCUGUUACUACGUCUUUGGUUUUUGUGCGUUUUCUUGAGCCCAUGUGCUGUUGCUAUUGCUGCUGCUGCCGGUGGUGGUUACGCCUUUUAUGUUUGUGACCGUGCCGGUGCACCGUUCAGUUCGUGCUACUACACGCUACAGUGCGGUGGUUCUUGACAUCGAUCCGCUUCGGUUUCUCGUGUGCCGGUCCAGUGCUUGCCCUGCCCUGCUGUGUUGUGUUUUGAUCGCUGAGAAACGUUGUUACACUUCCCCAGGCUAGCCGACAGGACAUCGCGAUGACUCACAAACAGAAAGACAUGGAAAGCGUCUGGGUGCAGUCGGCGAUCGGGGCGAUCAAGAUCAUCACGAUGGUGUACGACAUCAUCACGAUGCCGAUCUAUCUGGCCAUCCAGCGACCCUGGAAGCGAAGACAGCUCGCCCGCCGGGUGAAGGCCAAGAUCAUCCAGCAGGACAGCAGCUCGAUCACGUACCGGUCGGUCGAUUCGCCCGGUGAGAUGCACGUAAAGAUGAUGCAGAACAACAUCGACACGCUCGAGCGUAUGUUCAACUUCGUCACGAAGGUGCACACCACCAAGCGGUGCAUCGGUACGCGCCAGAUCCUGGGCGAGGAGGACGAGAUGCAACCGAACGGACGGAUGUUCAAGAAGUUCCGCAUGGGCGACUACGUGUGGCGCAACUUCAUCGAGACGGAACACGCGGCCGCCUGCUUCGGUCGCGGUCUGCGCGAGCUGGGCCAGGAGCCGAAGCAAAACAUCGUCAUCUUUGCCGAAACGCGGGCCGAAUGGAUGAUUGCGGCGCACGGUUGCUUCAAGCAGAACAUGCCGGUGGUGACGAUCUACGCCACGCUCGGGGAUGACGGGGUGGCGCACGGUAUCAACGAGACGGAGGUAACGACCGUGAUCACGUCCCACGAGCUGCUGCCCAAGUUUAAGAGCGUACUGAACGUGACGCCGAAUGUGAAGAAAAUCAUCUUCAUGGAGGACCAGCUGCACCCGACCGAUACGACCGGCUUCAAGGAGGGCGUGGAAAUCAUUCCGUUCAGCAAGGUGAUCGAGAUUGGCAACACGAGCACGAUCCCUGGAUCCCCGCCGGCCGCUGAAGACACCGCCAUCAUCAUGUACACGUCCGGCUCGACCGGUACGCCCAAGGGUGUCCUGCUGUCGCACGCCAACUGUAUCGGCACGAUGAAGAACUUCUGCGAUAUCUUCAAAAUCUAUCCGGACGAUGUGCUGAUCGGGUUCCUACCGCUGGCGCACGUGUUUGAGCUGCUGGCCGAGAGUGUGUGCCUGCUCACGGGCGUACCGAUCGGCUACUCGACACCGCUCACACUGAUCGACUCGAGCAGCAAGGUGAUGAAGGGCUGCAAGGGCGAUGCGUCAGUGUUACGGCCGACUUGCAUGACCUCGGUACCGCUCAUCCUGGAUCGAAUUUCGAAGGGUAUCAACGACAAGGUGAACGCAGAAGCACCGAUGAAGAAAGCGUUCUUCAAGUUCGCGUACAACUACAAAUCGAAAUGGACUGCUCGUGGCUACCAGACACCGCUAAUGGACAAGAUUCUUUUCAAGAAGAUCGCAAAGUUGCUCGGAGGCCGCAUCCGCAGUGUACUGUCCGGUGGUGCUCCACUUGCACCGGAUACGCACGAACAGAUUAAGCUAUGCCUGUGCGUCGAUGUGAUCCAGGGUUACGGUCUUACGGAAACUACUGCCGGAGCGGCAGUAAUGGACAAAUGGGACAUGGAGUACAGCCGAGUCGGUGCACCGUCCUCAAGCAAUGACAUACGAUUGAUAAACUGGGAGGAAGGAAACUAUCGGGUCACGAAUAAGCCCUACCCGCAGGGCGAGAUCGUGGUCGGCGGUACAACCGUAUCGAAGGGCUACUACAAGCUCCCUGGCAAAACGCAGGAAGACUUCUUCGAGGAGGACGGCCAGCGAUGGUUCCGUACCGGUGACGUGGGCGAAAUCCACCCCGAUGGUGCGCUUAAGAUUAUCGAUCGUAAGAAGGACUUGGUGAAACUGCAGGCGGGCGAAUAUGUGUCGCUGGGCAAGGUGGAAUCGGAACUUAAAACAUGCCCCGUGGUGGAAAACAUCUGCGUGUACGGUGACUCCACGAAGCAGUACACCGUGGCGCUGGUUGUGCCGAAUCCCAAACAUCUGGAGGAGAUCGCAGAGCGGCUGGACAUUCGCGGGGUCGAGUUUGAGGACCUGUGCGACAACAAGAAGUUGGAAAAGGCCGUACUGCAGGAACUGGCUGACCAUGGUCGUAAAUGCAAACUGCACCGUAGCGAAAUUCCCGCCGCCGUACACCUGUGCAAGGACAUCUGGACGCCCGAUAUGGGGCUGGUGACGGCCGCCUUCAAGCUGAAGCGCAAAGACAUCCAGGAACGGUAUCAGGCCGAAAUUAGCAAGAUGUACGCGUCGUAGAUUGCGUUGUUGGUGGUACCGGCUAUAUUAGCACCAACAGUCAAACUACUUCCACAAAACAACACAACAACGCGCGCAUGCAGACAUACAAACCAUACACACAACAUACCAAGAGAAAGAAGAAGCGCGAUUUGUACGUAAGGCUGUAGAAAUUAUUCACAUAGAACGAACGCAAAGACAGCAAGCUCUAAAAAGUAGCAUUACGCAUAAGAUCCGUGAUCGUCGUCGCACCCGUCACCGGUGCGUGAGCUAUCGCGGACGAUGGGCGCCAAAAUUGCUUCGAUCUCUUCGUUCGCUCUCUUACCAACACCUACCCCCUCCGGUCCUGGCUCUCCGUCAGCGCGUUCGCGCUCUUCUCGUGCUCCUUUCGCUCAGAGGCAUGGCACUGGAAUUUCUUUGCGAACUGUUUGAAAAGGACAUCACCUCCCAAUCCUCCCCACACCCAUUAUAUCCAUCCUCGGAACCAUGUGGAUGGAUUGUACCAUUGGGUACUAAGUGUAAAGCAACACUACUACUACUAACCAAGCUCUGGCGCUGGACGUUCAAGCAAGCAGGGGCGGAGGAACACAAGGAGCAAAGCAACAUUUCACACACUACCGAUGGAAAGGAAUUGCAUUUGAGAGGAAAACAAAAAUGGGGAAAAUGCACCCGCGGAGAUGCGAAGAGGGAAAGUGUGAGAGGGAGAGAAAGAGAGUAAUAGAGAGAUAAAGCCGACAAGAUGAAGUUUUGUUUCAUCUUCUUAAGUAAUGCUAAUGCUAGUGCGGCACCCACCACGUGGCUAGUCGUAUUUCUGGGACCUUCGAGUGGAGUAAUAUUGUUUUUUGUUUGUUUGUUUGAUCGUUUUUUCGUUUCAUUAUGCAUAUACAUUUUUCUACUCGUCAUCGGUUUCUUCCUGUACUUCUUGGUUAGCUAUAGUUUAUUGUUUUUGUAUUUUUUAGUACGAUAGAGCACACAGCGCACGACGGUUGCGCGUUCGUUCACCUCGAUAUGUGGGAGGUGUGCGUGCGCAGUGUGACAAAAAAGAAGAAGAAGAAAAAAAGCGCGAUUAUAAACAUUACAAUUGAGCGACUCUCGUGUACGGUUUCUUCAGUGUAUGUUCCUUCAAUGUACAUUCGUUUUAAGUCGCGUUCUUGUUCUACCAUUUUGCGUUGGUGUGCCGCUGCACUAGAUGCCAAGAUCGAAUAGUUUGUUAUACAUUAAGGGACGGUUUGAUUUUUCGUUACAAUUUUGUUUUUAAAGUAAGGAAAGAAUCCUAAAAGAAAUGAAACAAGGCGGGGAUGCGAUGCUGUGUAGCUGUAGCAGUAGUAGCAUAGUAGCAAUGAAAUACCAUAUUUAUAUGAAUUUCGAAAAGGAAGCCCACAUUUGCACGACGAUGUGGGUCGGAGGAGGAGAAGGAGGAGGAGGAGGGGUGGUGCGAAAUGUGGCCCACAUUGGGGUGGUGUGGUGUGUGCGGUGGGGUCCUUUUCGUCUAGCUGGAUGAACAAAACACGGAACAUGGUUCGGAUCAACAUUGUUCCGGUUAACUGUUUCAAGGGAGUGGGGUUUGUAUAGGCAGGGUAGUUAGGAAAGACUUUAAUGAAAACAUGCGGAAAUUCCAAAAACACACAAGGGCUUGGAAUAUGUUUCGGAAAACAAAAAGAAAACAUUAGGAUGACUUAUCAAAGAAAUGCAGAGUGCAGAUGUGAACAUGUUAGGAAACGGAAUCGAAGGGACGGGGAUAGAUGUGGGUCUCUUGAAUAAAGUAGUAAAAUCGAAUGUACCUUCUUGGUGCGGUUCUUUUCUCUUCUCUACUUUUUCCCCGUACUUUUCUUUUCUUUGUCUUCUAACUAUUUUGCAAUGUUGUUUUGCCUUCGCUUGUUAUCACAUUUGUUAAACAACCACACGGACACGCAAUACACCAUGCGGAAAAUGAUGUAUAGAAGGACAAGAAAUAAUUAGUAAUAAAUUAUAACUGUAUUAGAGUAGUUUAGAUAAAGGAAACAAAAUAAAUCGGUGCGAUACAUAAAUAGUUAAACUUUAUCCUAAACGAACGAACGAAAUGAAAGCAAAACAACCCAGAUAGUUGAGUUUACAUUUGGAGCAUAAUUCAACAACCUUAUAACCAACCUUAUAACCCUUAAUGAGAACCUUCUGGACGCUGCAACGGGUACCGUAUUAAUCUAUUGGUGGACAAAAGAGCGUAGUAAAUUGUUAGCAUCUGAUUUUAGGGGGAUCGUACGAUAUAAAUCGUAUGUAAAACUAAUUAUGGUGUAACCGAACCGUGAAUCGCGCGUUGCAGUUGGCCCAGUUAGUAGUAAGCAUCACUUCUGCGCAACCGAAACUAAAUAGAUUCAAUCUGCAAUCCAGUGUAUAUAUGGGAGAUAGUCAACGCGCGAUGAUGAUGAGCCUGCUCCAUUGGCGCAAUCCGCAGAUAAAAUCAGAAAUGCGCGGCCCUUGUGUAAAAAGCUGUAGCUUACAGACAAAGUUAGAAUACAUUUUGUGGCUUUUGUUAUCUUUUCCACCCAUUUAGUGUUGAUUUUCACUAGCUGCUACUCUCCCAGCAAGGGCCGCAUUUUAACGGUUCCGCUUGUACGAACACGGCUUGUAUUUGAAGAGUUAGCUCCACAAGUAAAAACAAAUCUUACUUAAUGAUCAUCUUGGGAAAGGGAGUUCAGCAUAGGUAAAAUUAUUAAGUCAUAAUAUACAUACACACACACACGCAGGCAUGGGACACCAUUAUUAAUGUAUAAUGUUCUAAUGGGGGUAAAACUUAGGGUUGCGAGGUGGAAGCAAGACCGCAGCAUAAUAUUGAUGGAUGGUGGGAUGUGACACGAACGAAGUGGCGAAGGACGAGUUGUUAAGUGAUGAGUGCGUGCGAUCAUUGAGAGUCUGAUUAGGGUAUAGGAGUGUAUGAGGCUGUUGCGGUGGGGGAAACACAUCAAAAUGCAACGAGAAAAGCUAGCACGGCUCGGCGUUUGGACGACACCAGGAAACAAUAAAGUUCACUAAAUAUCA